ACGUUAAGGCUAGGUAAUUAAUGUUCCUUAUUACGGCUUGCUUAGUAAUUAGUAGUGGGAGUAGACUAGUAGUAGUUAAUAAAAACGGCGAUGUUGGGUUUGGUGGUGCUUGCAAGACUGCAGUUGCAAUUUUGAGUUGAGUUGAAUUGAAUUGAAUUGAAUUUGCAGUUGUAUCCAUCGGAGAGGAGAGUACGAUGGAAUUGCAGCACCGUAACUCAUCAUCUCCACAAUGUUCCUCAAAUUCAAACUCCACCUCCUCAUCUUCCAUCACCACCAACCCUAACAACAGAAUCAACAACAACAACAACAACGAUCCUAUGCACUCUUGGUGGGAAUCGGUCUCCAAAGCACGUUCCCGCAUCCAUUCCCUCGCUUCCAUCCUCCCUAACCAUCACCAAACUCUCUCCUCCCUCGCUGACUCCGAACGUCCUGCUCUCUCCCUACUCUCCUCCCCUUCUGCCUACUCCGCCCUCUCUUCUUCCCUCUCCGGUUCCCACUCCGAUCCCCUCUGUCACUGGCUCUACGACACUUUCCUCUCCUCCGACCCUCACCUCCGCCUCGUUGUUCUCUCCUUCAUCCCUCUCCUCUCCGGUCUUUACCUAUCCCGUGUUCACUCCUCGGAUCCCCCUUCCCUCGCCGGUUUCGAAGCUGUUCUCCUCGCUCUCUAUGCCUCCGAAACCAAAUCGCGCGCUGGUAAACCUCUUCUUGUUACAAUCCCCGAUCUCUCUCUUCCUUCCAUCUACCAUUCUCCUCUCCGUAAAAACCCUAACAAUAACCCUAACCCCUCCGUCGGUGUUAUUUCCCCCCCUCUUGAACCUCACAUCGCUGUUAAAUCCACAAAACGUGCCUGCAUCGUCGGCGUCGCUCUUCAUUCUUAUUUCUCUCAGAUCUCACAUAUGCCAUCCUGGUCUAAGCUUGAAUUUUGUCAAUUCGCCGCCGGUUGGGCUGGUCAGGACUGCCCCUGCCGAAGAGAAUUCGAUCAAAUCAACACACUUGCUAUCAGCCAUGGUAAUGGCAAUGGGAAUGGUGAUGGUGACAAUGAGGUUGAGAUUGAAGAGGUUGCAGAAGUGAUGGAGAACAUGAAGAUUCAUGAUCCUGACUGUGAAUCUCCAAAUUGCAUUACCAAAGGGGAUAGAAUCCCUUUACCUUGGGAGAUUCUUCAACCUGCGUUGAGAAUUCUAGGACACUGUUUAAUGGCACCAUUGAAUUCACAAGAGGUUAAAGAUGCAGCUUCUUUUGCUGUUAGGUGUUUGUAUGCAAGAGCUUCUCAUGAUUUGGUGCCUCAGGCAAUACUUGCUACAAGGAGUCUCAUUCAACUUGAUAACAGGAAUAGGGACAAUGCUGCAACAUCAGCUGCUGCUACUUCAAAUGUCAACACACCCACCAAAGUUAAGAAACCUGAAAUACUUCUUGUUUCAAAGUGAUGAUGAUUAUAAGAUAAGAUAAUAUAACCCUUGCUGUAUCUCUGUAUAGUAUAUGGGUAGUAUUUCAACAAUAUUUUCUAUUUUCUAGUUUUAUACUCUUAGCUGUAAGCACAAUUCCUGUCUGUAUUAUAGAUAGAUUCUUCAUAGCUGUGGGGUUUUGCCCCUUUUAUUAGUUUGUUUUUAAGUUAUGUAUAUUUUUUCCUGUUGAUUAGUUGUCUGUUAUAACUUUGUUUCUCUGCGUUAAAUUAUUAUACUGCUUUUGGCUGUGCUCUUGUAUGAUUGUAAUGCAAGUGAGUUUGCUAUACCUGUGUGGUGUGAAUCAUUGGUGUACUCUAGCUGUGAAGAUGGAAGAGAUUGAAUGAGGUGUUCUUUGUGAGUCAUAAUUUGCUUGCUGGUUGUUUUGCGGGAGCUUUGGUUUUUCUACAUUGUAGCUGUCAGCUUUGGCUGUUUUGGUUUUUUGACAUUUGUAAUAUUUUUGCUAUUCAAAUGAUAGUUUUGAGAUUGCAUUUA